UCAGUUAAAUUAUAUUAAAACCAAUAAAAAAUUUACAAAGUAUUAAAUUGGUAUCGGGAUCCCUUUUGUGAUAUUUUAUUACACACAUCUCUUCCACUCCCUCACUCUUUGUUCUCUCUCUCUCUCUAUUUCUCUGUCUCCAUUCUUCCGGCGAUGUUCCAACACGCGCCGUCUUUCAUUUCCCUCAUCUUCUUCUUCACCAUCCUCUUACCCGUUUCACCAAACCCGACCCAGACCCCAGACCCGAUCACCGUCCAGCCAUUUCGGGUCAAAUCAUCCCCACCCGCCACCAUACCCGCUUUCCCGGAGCAAUCCGAUUUCUCCGGCUGCCCACUCGAUUUACCAGAAGACCUCUUCCACGGAAUCAAGUCCGCCUGUUCCGGCAAAAAGCUCCACAAGGGAAGAUGCUGCCCCGUGCUAGGCGCGUGGCUUUACUCCGCUUACUCGACGACGGCUCUGAGCCGUUCGAUUUCCGCCGCCGCGAGAAACGCAUCCUCGGCCGUGACGACGCCUGAAGAAGAUAUGCCUUUGCUUCCCGACGACUCGGAGACCUGCGUGGACGGACUGGGGAAAUCGCUGAGAAGGAGAGGGAUUGAGCUCGCGAGGCCGAACGAGACUUGCGACGUCGUUUACUGCUACUGCGGAAUCAGACUGCAUCACUUGAGCUGUUCCGAGGCUUUUAGUGUGGACGAAGAAGGGAGGCUCGUCGGAGACGAGAGUGUUGAUCGAUUAGAGACUGAUUGUUUGAGUGUUGGCCACAACAAUGCGGAUAGAUUCUCUCCUCUCAGUGGCUGUAACAAGUGCUUGAACAGCCUCUAUAAGCUAAACCCAAAGAAAACUUCAGGGACAAGAAACCCAUCCAAGGAAGACAGAAACAGAACAGCAAAGAUGCACAACAAAGAUUGUGUCCUCAUGGGUCUCACUUGGCUUCUCGCUAAGAACCGUACGGCUUACUUCCCAACUGUCACUUCCGUCCUCCGAGCCGUCAUGCUUAACCACGACGGCGAGCCACGGUCAUGUUCUCUCGGCGGAGACGGCAUGCCUUUAGCCGUCGACUCUUCUGAGUUCUCCAACGGCUCGUCCACUUCAUUUCAGUCUCCGCACCACUACUUGGUCCACUUCUUACUUUACAGCGUCAUCACAUUAGUCUUACUAUGGUCGUGGUGACUUACGCUGACGUGGGGUUGAUUUUAUGGUGACGUGGCAUUUCUUAUUGGAUGAAAACAGAACAGUUAAGUGAUAUUCAGAUAGAGAGAAGAGAGUGAGAGAGAGAGAGAGGGGAUUGUCUUUCUGUCUUUGUAAAUUAGUUUUGUUUGUGUUGUCGUUGUUGUUGUAGCCCAUUUUAUUAUAAAAUCGUAUUUGCUUUUAUCAAAUUCAAAUUUUUAAAAAUUGUCAAUUCACAGUUUCAGCUGUAUUUUCGGCCGGAUCAAAUAAUACGAGGGCGCAAUCUCAAAUAAGUUU